AGCAGGAAGGGAUCAUCAGCUACAUCGCUCGGCUGGCGGCUGACCCAUGGGUCACCCUGGGGGCCGACGAGGCGGCAGCAGCUGGUGGGACUGCUGCUUCCCAGCAGCAGCAGCAGGAGCAGUGGAGGGAGGCAGUGUUGGAGGCGCAGGUAGCCGCGCACCGCUGUCUGGCUGCCUACCUAGCCGGCUCCCCCCACCUGCCCGCCGCCGUCGCCCUGCUCGCCACCCCCGGACUCCCCCAGCAGCUGCACGCCUUGGGCCUCAGCCAGCCGCAGCUGCUAGUGGUGCAGCAGCAGCCGGAGGGCAGCAGCAGCAGCAGUAGUGGCGGAGACAGAGGCGGAG